CCGAGGUAGAAGUUAGUUUAAUCAGAUGUCUCCGAGGAGACCAGUUAGUUGUUAGACACUUGCACCUAAAGCAACACAAAGUAGCGAAACGGAGAAAGCUCAAGACUUUACAGUUCAACUCUCAGCAACGAUUUCUGGGAAUUCUCCAAUUUCCAGCUGAAGAUUUCAUUGCUGGAAAUUUGGUGAAUGAGCUAUGGGUGAUAAGUUAAGAUCAAAAGCAAGAAAAUCCCUUGAAGUUGGUCCUGUGACCGAUCACAAGCUAUCGAAAACGCCCCCGGCUUUAUUGGAUAGAGCUAAAAAGAAUAUAGCCGUGAUCUUUGCUUGUCCGCUUCUUGUGUUCGAUGCUGUUCUCGUCUUUUGUAUAAUUGCUUACGUGCCUUACACAAAAAUUGAUUGGGAUGCUUACAUGUCACAGGUAUCACAAUUUCUAAAUGGAGAAAGAGAUUAUAGUAACAUAGAAGGUGACACGGGACCUCUUGUCUAUCCGGCCGGUUUUCUUUAUGUAUAUUCAGCUAUUCAGUACAUCACAGGAGGACUAGUCCAUCCUGCUCAGAUUUUAUUUGGCUCGCUGUACAUUAUUAAUCUUGCAAUUGUGUUGUUCAUCUAUAUCAAAACAGACGUGCUUCCUUGGUGGGCUCUUAGCCUUCUUUGUUUAUCAAAGAGGGUGCAUUCCAUAUUUGUGCUUCGUCUUUUCAAUGACUGCAUUGCUACAACACUUCUUCAUGCUGCACUUGCAACUCUUCUUUAUCAGAGAUGGUGGCUGGGGUUAAUAAUAUUCAGCUUGGCUGUGUCAAUAAAGAUGAAUGUGCUACUCUAUGCGCCUUCUUUACUACUACUCUUGUUGAAGGCUAUGGAUAUCAGUGGAACAAUAGUGGCUCUUGGAGGAGCAGGAUUAGUUCAGAUCCUGCUCGGGUUUCCUUUUUUAGUAUCAUAUCCAUUAGCUUACAUAUCGAGAGCCUUCAAUCUUGGACGUGUUUUCAUCCACUUUUGGUCUGUUAACUUCAAAUUUGUUCCAGAGCCAGUCUUUGUUUCAAAGGCAUUUGCAGUUACACUGCUGAUUUUACAUCUCGGGCUCCUGGCUAUUUUUGCUCACAAGAAGUGGUGCAAGCAUGAGGGUGGACUUCUGAAAGCGUUGCAUUCUGCUUACAUCUCUACUGUAAGUUGCUUCCCUCUCAAGGGACUUUACGCGUAUGGCACAACCUCAAAAACACUGAAGGAAGAGCAUAUCGUAACUACCAUGUUUGUUGGAAACUUCAUUGGUAUCGUUUGUGCCCGUUCACUACAUUAUCAGUUCUACUCUUGGUACUUCUUCAGCGUGCCUUAUCUGUUGUGGAAGACACCCUUCCCUACAUUGUUGCGCAUUGCAUUGUUUGUGGGAGUUGAGUGUUGUUGGAAUGUUUAUCCGUCAAACAGCUACUCAUCCGGCAUACUUCUUUGCAUCCACUUGGUAAUACUAUGGGGGCUCUGGAUUGCCCCUCCUGAAUACCCGUACGUGGAUCAAAAGUCAUCAGCCAAACGGAAGAUAAAAUGAAAGUCAUACACAAAACUAUAUACUCGUAGUUAGAUGCUCUACUUCAAUGUGGAAAAGAGAGCAGCAAUAUUGAAAUUUUGUUUUAACUUUUUUGAGUUUUAUGGUACCAAUGAAGGCAACCGUGUAAAAAUUUUGGUAAUUUUUGAAGCAGAGUUUUCUUAUUCUUUUGAAUAAUUGAUCUGCAGAGCUUGCAAACAAA